AUGGGCCCAUUUAAAAGCACGGUCCAGCCUUCGAAGGAUGCGGCAGUAACCCUCGUAUCCACCUUAUUCGCCGACAGCGUGAAAUUGCCCGAGAGCGCCACAACUUCUAGUGUCAGCUGCAUCAUUGAGCCCGCUUGCAUGAGUUAUUGCGGGAGUGGCUUGCGGCAGGGCUUGAAUUGUUUUGGCUCCGUCGCUACAGACCGCUGUCUCAGCCUCACCGAUAAUGUGCGAGCUAUCGGCUCAUUCACAUUCUGGCCGCGCCAAGAGCACUCUGAAUUAUGCCAUGCAGGCGUCUUUGAUUGCCAUACCUUACUCAAUACACUACCUUUGAGUUGUGCGCUGCACACAUGGCUUCGCUCCCCAUUAUCUGAGUUGUUGAUGCAUGGAUCUCGGACGGAAAACGAAGGAACUACAGCAGAGGAGGAGACAACAGCAGAGAUGGCAUCUAUGCCUCGGCGUUAUAGGACUUGGUCUCUUCUCACUUUCCAGCUCUUGGCCUUUCUGGUGCUGUUCGCGAUAUAUCUCCAUUAUCGCCCUGGCCAAGCUGUCAGUUCUGAAACGAGCGGCCCAAAAGAUCGCUCUGUCGCCCUGGGAUCUCCAAGAUGGGGUGAAGUCGUUCUCGCAGCAAGCAAUACAUCUCCCGAGAAGAGUUCAAAUGACAUAGAUGACAAUCAAGAAGAAAGCGAGGACGACCUUUACGAUCAAAAUGCCACAGCUAUCCCAUACCGCGGCGACUACCGUGAGCUGUUUUCUCUCACGACUCGAGAUCGAAAGUUUUAUCCAAUACACAUGGAUGGCAUUGGCGUUUACAACCCGAGCUUGAUCCCCCAUCCUACAAGAGCAGAUGAAUGGGUGGUGGUGGCUUCUCAUCCGGGCAUGGGCGAAUCUGAAGCUCUGUAUUGCUCAGUCGGGAAUCUAAAUGACGUUCUGGUGUGCUCAUCUGCGCCGCGGAAGAUGACGCCUCUGAAAUCGAUCAAGAGCGAGAAAUGUGUGAACGGCCUGGAAUACAUGAACUUCUAUAUUGGUCCCAGAGAUACCAGGAUGUUCUACGGUCCUGGAACACCUUAUGUUGUAUAUGGCUCACAGUCAACGUGGACGUGUCUUGGACUAUGGCUGCAGGACGUCCGGCCUCUGCUCGAUGUUUUCCACAUCAUGGAAUCGGUUGGGAACAAGCUCUUCAAAACAGCGACGGAGUUACACCGACCACCACCUUUCCAGGCAAUCGAGAAGAACUUCUUCGUCUUCUGGGACAGCGACGGAAAAGCAUACGCUCACUAUGAUGUGUACCCACAACGUUCGUUUGCUCAGAUCAACUUCGAUGGGACAGUGGGGAAGGACAUUGCUCCUGUUGCAGCGAAGAGCGACAAGUUCUGUAUGGCCAAGUACAUGCCCGUCCCACUGUCGAAGCUUGAAGACAUCCACCAGGCCACAAACUCUUUGCAGAUCACACUAUGUCGAAGAUCCGACCCCAGCUGUAAACCGAAUGACGACAACACAUUCUUGAUGACCAUAUUUCAACACAAAACUUGCUACGACUACCACAGUAUUUACGAGCCAUACAUUAUGCUCUUUCGGCAAACAGCCCCAUUUGAGAUCCAUGCCAUUGGACAGCGUCCAUUCUGGAUCCACGGGCGAACAAACCUUACUGAAGAGACACAUGCGAAGGAGUAUGAGAAGCACCCGGAGAGGAUUCCGAAGGGCCACAGCGAGAUGUUCUAUCUCACCAGCAUGAGUUGGAAGAAGCAUGGUCGCAUGUACCAUGGACAUAUCGAUGAUGAGCUCUGGUUAAAUUUCGGCAUCGAAGAUUCACGAGCGGCCGCUAUAGACGUCAAGGCAGGAGACCUGAUUGAGGAUCUCGCCUUUUGCUAG